GGAGCAGUUCUCUCUCGACCAACCACCACCAACCAGCAAGAACAUCAACAAGCAACACAACCUCAACUACCAUCACAAGCGCAUGACUCGAAUCCCCAACUAACUCUGCCCUCUCUUCUCUCUCUCUCCUCUCCUCCCUGAUACUCUCUUCCUCCGCCUCUCUUCCUCUCCAGGCUCCCCUUCUAUCUUUCUGAGAAACACUUCUCCAAACAGGAAUACUCACCCUUCAAUACAUGGUCUUCUGACCUUACUCAAUCAACACCUUAAGUAGUGGAUCGUACUUCAAGAAGAAGAACAAUAUCGAAGAAGCAGCAGCAGCAUCAGCAAAAGAAGAAAAAGAAAUAGCAAAAGAAAGAAGAGAAAUCAAAUUAUAUACAAUACGAAAGCAACAAUGGCAACAAGCUCGAACGCUGGUCUCUCUCGUCGAAGGGUUGCGGGAUCAAACAAUAAUGGCUCACCAUCAGCCAUGAACGGACCGCUCUCACCAGAUGGAUCAUCAGCCUACAAUAAGACAUUCCAAAACGACCAGUCGAGUACGACGAACGGAGCCAACUCCUCAAACAAUCACACCUCCAAUCGAGACCAAUCGAAUAAUGACCCGAGCCAGAACCACAAGAUUGCCUAUGAUCCACGAGAUCUGGAUGAUUCGACUGAGAGCUCCUUGAACCCGAAACUGACGAUCAUGGAAGAAAUCCUACUCCUGGGUCUCAAGGACAAACAGGGCUACCUAUCCUUCUGGAACGACAAUAUCUCCUACACUCUACGUGGCUGCAUCAUCCUCGAACUAGCACUUCGUCAUCGGAUCGCCAUGGUCAGGGAUCCGAACCGUAGAAGGUUCCCCCUACCCGAUCGAUAUAUUGAGGUGAUCGAUGAUCGACUGACUGGCGAGGUCCUGUUGGAUGAAGCCCUUAAAAUGAUGAAAGCUAGUGAGAAGAUGAGCGUGGGCACUUGGAUAGAUUUAAUGUCUGGUGAAACUUGGAAUGUGAUGAAGAUAGGGUAUCAGCUCAAGCAAGUACGGGAACGAUUAGCGAAAGGAUUAGUAGAUAAGGGAGUACUUCGAACCGAGAAGCGGAAUUUCCUAUUGUUUGACAUGGCGACUCAUCCGAUCUCAGAUUCGACCUUCAAGGAUGAUGUACUACGUCGCACGCUUUCGAUUCUCACCUCACGCACGGUUGCGGUACCAGUCUCGGAUCUGUACCAAGCAAACGUACGUUACCGAACGUUACGAGCGGUCUGCAUGGUAUGUGCAUCCUUUGCGGCCAACGUACUCGAGAACGCGCUCGUCCAUCUCUCCUACGAUGCCCGUGAGGCCGCCUUCCAGAAGUGCGACGAGCUCCUUGCUGAGUUCUCUCAAUGGCCCCUCGGGGCCGCCGGCGCGGGCUCAAGCAACCCGAGAUCCCCCGCCUCCGCUCCUCCCUCAGUCGCCGUCGGAUCCGGCGGCUCUGAUGUCACGAACGCUAACUUGCUCGAAAUCACUCGGGUCAGUCGCGCCGAAAUGGUGCCGGGUGAUGAACUACAGAUCGAAGUGGUCGCUGCUGUAUUGCAUGUGUUCAGCAAAAUGGACUCAUUGCUGUAACCGAAUAAUUGUAGAGAAUAGAGAGAAAAAAAAUAAAUCAUCUUCACACAUUUACUUUUGGUUUCUAAUUUUGUUUUUCUUCUCCUUCUUCUUCUUUCCCUUCAUGAAUCAGAAAGAGCUUAUUGAAAAAACCCCUUUUUCAUCUACUUAUUUUUGUUUAUUAGGUUUCACAUUUUUUUCAUAUUUACUUACAAAAUAGUCUCAUUUUUUCCCCUCCUUUCUUUCUCUUUUUAGAUUUUUUUUUUUUUUGAUUACACAAGCCUUUCUUAUUCAUUUG